GCAGCGUCCCACCCCUUAUCCUUUCAACAUCAAGUUUCUGAAAAAGAGCAUCUCCCCUCCCGAGCCUGAACGCCCGAAAUGUCAUUCCUCAGUUCCAUCCUCCCCUGCCUCUUCGGCGACGUCGCCGAUACAUCCAGCCUAACAACAACCACUAACCAUGCCGCGUCGAACAUCAUAACCGCUAUUCUAACAUCUCCUACGACCGUCGAGCUCCAAAAAACGGUCAACGAACAGGUCGCCGUGACUGGCUGGACCGAUUCCCUUGUUGAAGCCAUUCUCCGAGGCUUAACGACUGCCGUUGAAGCUGGCGCAGCCUUGGCGCGUCCUGCUGCUGACGCCUUGAAAAAGGCCACCGAUGCAGCCAUCGAUUUUAAAAAGGACCAUCCGGUGUACGCGACCUUGAUUGCGCUGGGGAUCCUGUUUGUUUUGCUGCCGUGGGUGUUGGAGCUGCUGGGAUUUACAGAAUCAGGUGUCUCCUUGGGUUCAUGGGCGGCAAGGUGGCAGAAGACUUAUCAUGGAUAUGUGCCUAAGAGGGCGUUGUUUGGAUACUUCCAGAGGAUGGGGGCGAAGUGGCAUUGGUCUUUGUAGAAUCUUGGGAACUAGUGUUGGCCCAUAGAAGAUUAUUGAUGACUAUGGUGGCUUCUGUAUGAUGAGGAAUUGGAAAAAAUAAGAUCAUCGGUUCAUAGCUUCGUCCAUUUGUCAGUACACUACGCCAAACAGUACUAUAUAGCCCUUCUGGUUUUCAUUCAAGACUGGUAGCUAGUUGGGACAAAUGAUGGGGGACAUAAUGUAUUGAGACACAGACAGGGAAUCAUCCAAGGUGAUUAUGAGGAAGUCAUGAGAGAUUCCCAGAGAAUUGACACGUUCCCAUUGAAAAUCUGGCAAAAUGUUAACGAACACUGCAAAUUAUAGGC